AUGGCUACACCACUCGACAGGAACGGCCUCGUGGAGGAUGAAGAGAAGGGGCACAUACAUCGGACCACGACGGGCGUGACCAUAUCGCCCGAGCUCUUCGAGAAGCUGUAUUUCUCGCCCAAGACGCCUCACGUCGGCGACUACAACAGACGCUUUGCGAACCCCACCGCUCUCGGCUUCGUUGGCUUCGGAAUAUCCGCGUCGACGUUCGCCAUGGUGCUGAUGGGCUGGGGCGGCGCCUCGGGGCUCACCCCCGUCUGGGUCAUGGGCAACUUCUUCCCCAUGAUGGUCAUGGGCCUCUUCGACGUCUUCUGGCUCUCCUUCGGCGUCCUGCAGCUGCCGACCCUCCAGCUCUCCAGCCCCUACGCCACCGAGGCCGACCCGACGGGGGCGUCCGCGCCGGCCUUCAACGCCGCCAUCGCGCUGUACCUGCUCGUGUGGGGCUUCGCGCUGCUCACCUUCUUCUUCUUCACGCUCAAGAUCAACAUUGUCUUUGCGAGCAUCUUUGGCCUCGUGACCGUUGCGUCUUUCGUCCUGGCUGGGGCUUACUUCAAGGUCAGCCAGGGCAGCUUUGAUGAUGCCUUGAAGCUGCAGAAGGCUGGAGGCGCGUUGAUAUUUGUCGUGGCCCUCUUGGGGUGGUACGCCUGCUUCAUAAUAAUGGCAGCGGAGAUGAGAGUCCCUAUCAACCUCCCAAUGGGCGACCUGAGCAGGUUCUGGCCACACACCGACGUCGAGAUCACAGCAGCAGGCCGUGCUCACCACGAAUAG